AUGAAUUGUGAAUCUAUACCAUCUAUUACCUCCUUUGAACAUCUUUCUAAUGAAGUUAUCUAUGAAAUUUUUGAUUAUCUGAAUUUUUACGAUAUUCAUAAAAGUUUUUUAAAUCUUAACAUUCGUUUUUAUAAUCUUAUUCAUUCUUCGACAUUUCCUAUUAAAAUCAAUUUUUCAUCAAUAUCAAAAUCAAAUUUUCAACUUUAUUAUGAACAUAUUAUUAUUCCUUAUCAAAAUCGAAUUACAUUACUUCAAUUAUCAAAUCGUUUUAUUCCAGAUCUUUUUUCUGUACGAUUUAAUAAUAUGAUUCAACUUCAAACAUUAGUUCUCAAAAAUAUUGAAUCAGAUUUUCUUGAAAACAUUUUUACUGAUUCAUUAUGUCUACCUUCACUCUCUUCAUUAGUUAUUAAACCGAUUGGUACUCUUUCAAACACCAAAAAUUUAUACCGUCAAAUAUUUCGUUUACCUGCACUAAAAUAUUGUAAUGUAACAUUCAACGAAGCUUCUAUUUUUGAACCGUUACCAUUUGCAACGAAUAAAGAAUUCAGCUCCAUCGAAAUAUUUCUUAUCAAUCAUGACUGUCGUAUUGAUCAACUCAAUGCUUUUUUGUCAUAUGUUCCUCAUAUUCGUCGUAUCUCAUGUAAUAUUCUGCCGGAAUUCAGACAUCAUCAAAUAUCAUUACGAUCAUUGGAAUUAAAUAAUUUAACACAUCUUUCUCUUACAAUGAACCAUCUAUUAUUCGAUCAAAUUAAAUUAUUAAUUAAAAAUCUUCUUAAUUAUAUUCAAGUGUUUCAUAUCAUUACAAACGAUUCUUUAUCAUAUUCCGAUAUAAAUCAAUGGGAACAAAUGAUAUUAUUUUAUUUACCAAAUUUACGUAUUUUUCAUGUUAAAUUAUUAUCUGAUCAACCAAAAUAUCUAUUUUGGUUCAAUCGACAAUGGUAUAAUGAAGCAUUGGGAAUAUUUUCUCGUAGUUUUUAUUCAAUACAAUCAAUUAAGUAA